AUGAGCAGUGGAGGCGGCGGGGACCGGUUUCCUCUCAUUGAGCCGGCCGUCAUAUUUCUCCCCUAUAUUCCAUUGGGUUCAGAUGUUGCCUCAUCCGCGGGGAUACAGCACGUCUCUAUAUUUCUCGCAAUACGGCCAGAGUUGUAUGGCGGCGUGAUCAGCAAAUUCAGUCCAUCCACAUGCCAGUAUCAUCGCAUCCACGUAUUGAGGCAUCGCCCGGCGACCUGUGGUUCUCAACCACAAUGGGACCAGGUGUUGGCGGCGUUCACCAGCACCACCACAUUCAUUUCGGAACAGAUAGCAGCCGUUGGACUACGCUGGCAUUUACAUUUUGCCCAACGAUGCACCGGAAUGCCAUCCUCUUUAGCCACCGUCUUCUCCGUAACCAUCCUGCGAUAUGCGCUCUGCCCGGGAAUCUGGGCAUGUGGUCAGAUCCAAAUCAAUUCCACUUUUCUCGCUACGCCGCGCAUCCCCACGCUGGUCGCCGUUGAUUGA